AUGCAAAACUUGGAAACCCUGCAAAAGGGCGGCUAUCGUGGCCUCAACCUUCAAAAACUCAAGCUGUCUGAGCCCUUGAACGAGUUUCCUCCCGAGAUCCUCCAACUUGCCGAUACCCUCGAGCAUCUCGACCUUUCCAGCACAGGCUUGUCCAGCUUACCCGAUGAGAUCAGUCAACUGCGCAAGCUCAAGAUUGCCUUCUUCUCCGACUGCAAAUUCGCCGUCUUUCCAAAACAGCUCGCAGCAUGUCCCGAACUCGAGAUGGUGGCCUUCCGCUCGAACAGUAUGGCCUCGAUCCCAGAAAACGCCCUCCCGCCAAAGCUCCGCUGGCUCAUUCUCACAAACAACCGCAUCGACGCACUCCCCCGAACCAUCGGCCACUGUACGCGCCUUCAGAAGUGCAUGCUUGCCGGUAAUCGCCUGGAGAAUCUCCCAGACGAGAUGUCGGCGUGCAAAAAGCUUGGUCUUCUCCGUCUUUCUGCCAACAACUUCGAAGAGCUUCCGUCCUGGCUAUUCGAGAUGCCAGAGCUUGCGUUUCUUUCCGUUGCCGGCAACCCAUGCUGCGCUGUGACGCUGGAACAAGAGCUAGCCCAGCUUCGCAAGGUAGGAUGGUCCAACCUCGAGGUUGAGGGCUUGCUCGGCCACGGCGCAUCUGGGGACAUUUUUAAGGCGAGGUGGAUGCUCGCUGAUUCCGUCGUCGAAGAGGUGGCCGUCAAGUUAUUCAAGGGCGAGGUGACGAGUGAUGGAACACCCCUCGACGAGAUGGCCGCAUGCCUGGCCGCGGGCUCACAAGAGAACUUGAUCAGCACGCUGGCUAGCAUCGACGGGCACCCGGAGAAACACGGUCUCAUCAUGCAGCUUAUUCCGCCUCACUACCAGACUCUGGGGCUACCUCCUUCCUUGCAAACCUGUACGCGAGAUCGUUACGAGGCAAGCAGAAUGCUGUCCGCGGACAUCAUCUUAGAGAUUCUUGCUGGCAUCGCUGCUGCCGCACAUCAUCUCCACAGUCGCGGGGUUUCUCAUUGCGAUCUCUACGCUCACAACAUCUUGUUCAACGAUGUUGGGCACGCUCUGCUGGGCGACUUCGGCGCGGCGACGAUAUACGAGAAUAUGAGCGGCUUUGACUUCGAAAGGCUGGAAGUCCUGGCUUUCGGUCACCUGAUCGAGGAUCUGCUUGAAGUUGGAGGCAUGAAGGGGAAGGACGAUGAGACAUCGCAAGCGACUAAGAGAUUGAGAGGCCUGCACGCCCGUUGCUCAACUUCGGUGGUAGGGGAGAGACCGACAUUCGCAGAGAUUUUGGAGGUUUUGCGUUAG